CCAAACCCCCCACCCCUCUCCUCCCCCUCCAUCCUUCACCCGCGCACUCGUUUUUCUUUUCUAAAGCUGUGGUGUCUUUUUUUUUUUCCUUUAAAAAAAAGUGAUACAAGAUAAUACUUUGCCAAUGCAAGUCGCCUCAUCAACAAACGCCACGUCAUUUUGUGUAGAAUGCCGAGAUCAAGAGGCAUCUGUAUUCUGUGAACAAUGCGAUGAGGACUUUUGUGAAGUAUGCCACGCAAUGCUGCAUCGCACGGGCAACCGACGCAAACAUACUGCAAAGAAUCUAAGAGUACAAGCCGCGUCAGAUACUAAUGGAGUUAAGGGUGCUGCAUCGAGUCAUUCGACAGGUGGAGCUGGAUCCAUCAAGGGAGCUGAUGAUAUGGAUGAAAAGACAUUAAGCGCAGCGAUGGAACUUGAUGGUACAGUAAUAAAUAACGGCGCAGGAGCAACGCUCGGACAGUGGAUGGAAAAAAGAGCAAAGUUUGUUCCAUUACGACUUGAUGCGCAUGAGCGGAAUUUAUUACGACUCUUAGAGGCAGCAUUGAACGUAUCAGAAUACACUGACAAAAUCGAUAUCCUUUCGUAUGCCAACAAGGCCAGACGUAUUGUGACUCAAAUCCGCGAUCUAUGUGCUAUCAUCUCGGGUCUGUUAGUUGCUGGUGACUACAAACUGGGUGAUCAGCUCUUUUCUGGAAACAGUGUCAAGCAGAACGAAGCGUUUUUCCAACAAGUCUUUGAAGUGGGAAGACGUCACAAGAUCAUGAAUCCUGAAAAAAUGCGAUCGACCUAUGGCAAGCUGAUGUACAUGUUGAUGGAUUCAGUGAUACCAGAAGUAGAGGAUAGCCUUGGGUUCUCAUGUGUGAUUCCUAUCAAAACCGUGUUUGAAUAUCUCAAAGCAAACGAUUGUUUGGAACUGUUGCAUGACGACAUGGUUGCCCUAGCAACGCGUGAAAUUGCUCAAGAAUUCAAGAGCAGAGCACAAAUCAAUGCUGAAGUCCAACGGAAAAAACGGGCGAUUGAAGCAUUGAGCGAGAAAUAUGCGAAUGAACGGGUUUCCAAAGAUGAUAUUGCACGCUGUCUCGCAUCCUUAUCUGAUAAUCACGCCUAUCUCAAAUCAAAUCGCGACCCUUGUGACAAAAUGCUAAAAUACCUAUCAAAAUACUUUAACCCAUCCAAAUCCGAGAGCGGAUACUCAUUAGCCAUUAUGGCCGGGCGCCACGGACAUCGAUUGACACACACUCACUCAACACAAUAUGCCUACGUUCACCAAUCCUUAUGUUUGUGGCGUGAAAUAGUCCACGAGAUGUACAUGUUAUGGAGCUUAUCAGACGAAGACUUGUUGUCUUUUAAUCCGUAUCGCUUGACAAACACCGGUCAAGGGUUACAACGUAUCCAGCAAUGUCGUGGGAUUGGUAGCGCUAUGCACAAGAUUCUCAACCGGGCACAAAAGAAGAGUGGAUCAUGGGUCGGUAGUAGCGUUGUCCAUUUGGGCGAUCGUAACGUACCCAAUGCUUUCAUGUUCAUUGACAAGUAUAAUCAAGUUUCCCGAAUCCUGACACCGAUCGUGAACACAUUGGAUCGGAUAGACUCGUUGCUGGAAGACUCGGCCAUAGCAGCAUACCUCGAUGAAACCUAUGGUGGUGUGGAUCAGUGUAAAAAAGACAUUCUUUAUGAUUUCUUCCGGUUCGGCUUUGAUGGAUCCGGUGCCGAUAACUAUUUCGAUGCUGGUAGCUGUAUCGAUGGUCGACUCACAUCUGCAUGGAACUGGUGUUCACACAUCGAAAAGAAGAAAUUCUUUCCCAUUUUCUUAUUGACUAGUUUUAUUGGUUUCGAUGGUGGUGGAUGGUAGUAGUAAGCUUUGAUGAUGUGUGACUCAUGAAGCCCUGAUGCAACAAAAACAAAUCUUUUCGCUAUCCCACCCCUCCCCUCUCCCACCAUCCUCAAUACUCUAAUACAGUAGAUUUCUCUCUUUUUCCAAUGAGAAAAAAAAGUGCGUGUUUGCGUUAGAUUAGAUACAUACAUUAACACUCGCCUACAAAGAAAAAAACAAAUAAACUUGCUUAAUAAGAACUCAUACACUUUUUUUUCUUUUUGUACUGCUUUCUAUGUUGCAACUGCAGGAAAAGCAUGUAUGAG